ACAGUUGUGUACUUAUUUUUAAGUUAGUUAGAACUCUAAAUUUGUCAUUAAUUGUGGUACUAACAUUUUUUUCGAAAUAAUAAGAACAAUAGUUUUUGUACAUCAAAUUUCUAAGAAAAAAUAGUCUGUUAAAAGUUAAAACACAAAAUGUUAAAUUGUGUGACCAGUAAGUUGACGUUACUUUGUCAUAGUAGGCUUCCAUCAAGUUUCAUCAAUCUUCGGGAAUGUGUGGCACUAUUUGCUACUCCCAAGACGGACUUCAGCACCUCUUCCAUCAAAUUAGCUGGUACUAAAGAUGAACCUACACGGUGGUUAUCAUAUAAUGAUGUUAUAUACCCACCACAGGAACCAGGGGAAGAGAGAAGACCGGCUUUUGUGUGUCAUCAAAAAUUAAAUAUCAAAUACAGCCCCAAAAAAAUGUGGUAUGUCGCGAGCUUUGUGCGUGGCAUGUCUGUGGACGAAGCACUAAAACAAUUACCCUUGGUCGGGCGUAAAGGUGCCACUAUAGUUAAAGAUACUAUUUUAGAAGCUCAACAGCUAGCCAUCGAAAAACAUAAUGUUGAAUUUAAGACAAAUCUGUGGAUUGCUGAGUCAUUUUGUGGUAAAGGUCCAGUGAUAAAAGGUAUGCGCAGACAUGCUAGGAUGCGAAUGGGUGAAGUCAUGUACAGGUACUGUCAUUAUUUUGUAAGAUUAGAAGAAGGUACACCCCCAGAAAAUUAUUAUUAUAGCUGGCCUAAGACAGGCCCAGCUCUGUUAGCCCACUGGGUUGAUGAGGUUCGUGACCGUAAAAUUCAAGGAUCAUUGUAAGGCUCAUUCAAAGAUAACAACUAGUUGUAAGAAAUGUAUUUGUUUAUAUAUAUAUAUUUAAUAAAAUAAAAAAAUAAAUGUUUGUAAACUUAUAA